AAAAAAAAAAGUAAAUUUUAGGCUCAUUUAAAUCAUAGCGUGUUUUGAAAAGACCUGUUUUUUCUCUUUAUGUCUGAUUUUAAGGGUUUUGUAUUUCAAGAUCCAAAUAAACAAGACCAAGUAUCUGAACUCACUCUCCAAUUCAGCCAUAUAUCAACAGAAAAUGAGAGUACGCGUUUAAAUGCUUUUCAUCAGCAGCGAUCGCCUUUAGCUCAUCGAUCUCGGGAAGAAACACAAGAAAAAAGAAUACAAAAGGCACUUGAAUUACAAAAACAGCAACGUCAAAUAUCUAUAGACAAAGCAAGACAAUUGGCAUUGGGCGAUACGAAUGAUUCGGACGAUGAGGAGGAAGACGAAGAAGACGAAGAACAUAUUGCUCAAUUGCAUAAAAGAUCAAGAGAUGAAGAUGAAGAAAUGGAAGAAACAAGCACAACUAAACUAUUUAAAAAGAACAUAUACAAGAAGAAAAACAACAGCAACAAAAAGAAAAGAAUAUUUACGCGUAAUGACCAAAUCAUGUACGCUGAAUACUUUGAGAUGAUGCCUUCUGAUCUAUUUCAGGAUUGGGUCAUGAUGAUCUGUCCAGUAGGAAAGCGAUGCCUUGUCACUUCAGGAGGAGGACAAACGAUUGCUCGAUCAAGAAGAGGUCAUUUACUCAACCGCUUCCAGUCUGUCCUACCGAAUGGCUCAAGCUCAAAUCGUAGUUCUGAUUUCUGCAUUUUGGAUUGUGUUUAUGAUGCUGUUCAUUGGACAUUCUAUGUGUUGGAUGUCAUGUGUUGGCGUGGAUACCCUAUUUAUGAUUGUGAUACGAAUUUCAGACACUUUUGGCUGCAGACACGCAUUGGCCCUCAUGAGUUUGAUAGACCUGAUUAUCAUAACCAAUUCUAUAAGUUUAAACCAUUGAAGCCUGUCUUGACAACUGAACUAGCUGCUGUAGUCCAUGAUCCUGAGGGUUACUUGAAGCAGCAACAUGAUGAUGACUAUCCUAUUGAUGGACUUUUGUUUUAUCAUCAGCAAGCUCGUUAUCAAGGCGGUAGUACACCACUUGUGGGUUGGGUGCCUCGAGAUAGCAUGUCAAAUCUUUCUGUACAAUAAAACGAUUGUAUUCAUACCUCUUUUUAUAGUACAUGACUGAUAAACAAUUGGUUUUAAUGAGUAAAUAGGGCACGAAUUUAAUAAAUACACCUUGGGUAUCGCUAGGGCUACUACUUUAUAUACAUUCAAGAUUAGAUCUAAACAGAAACUAGUAUCCAAAGUCUUCACAGUGAAGAUAAACAUUAGAAGAUUUGUAGAAAGCCACCGUAUUUUUAAAAGAUGCGUUAAAGCUAGCAGGACCACAUACUAUACAAAAGUGAGAGAUUAGAAGCAAGCUAUAUAACAGUAAAAAAAAAAAAGACAAUGCUUACCAAAAGCACCAAUAUCAUUUU